GCCUGCAAAAUUUGGGCUACCGAUAUCCAUGCUGAAAAUUUCAUACUUGUACCAAAAAUACAGUGUGGAAUCAAGCUGCAAUCAAAAAUGAAAAAAAGAUAGCCAAAUAUGGUGUAGUGCUGGCAGAACUCCCUCCGUUAGUAUUGACAGAAAUCAGCGACUUCAUCGAAAACCCCCCGACGGAAAACCAAUUUGAAAAACUUAAAGCCCUCCUUAUACAACGCACCAGUUUGUCAGAUGAGAAAAAUAUUCAACAAUUACUCACGGGCUGUGAUCUAGGCCCACGUAAACCAUCCCAGCUCCUCAGGUACAUGCGCCAGUUAAUCGGACACCAUAAAGUAGACGAGGUAGUGCUGAAACAGAUGUGGUUGCAUCGUUUACCUUAAAAUGUCCAGCAAAUUUUAAUCAUCUCAGGAAAGUCGUAUGACUUAGACCCACUAAAUGACAUGGCAGAUAGUAUUAUGGAUGUUCUAUCUGAUAACACCAUAGGUCACAAAGCAUCUGAUAGUGCAGACUUAGCGGCAAGGAUUGACAAGUUGGAAACUAAUAGGUCUGAUCGACGAGUCCGGAGACGGAGUUCACAAGCAAGGUCACCAUCACGACACCGAUCUCUCUCACGACAGCGUUCCCACACGUCUUCUCGGGACAGAAAUAUAUGUCGGUAUCACAAGAAGUUUGGACGUCAUGCCCUGAAAUGUGUAAAACUAUGCAUCUUUAAAGAAGCUAAUCAGGCUCAGGGAAACGUCUCAGCCAGGCAGUGAUGGCGACAGCUGUUACUGGCAAGCAAACAAGUCACCUUUUCUAUGUGAAGGACAAAACUUCAGACACUAUUCCUGGAGCAGAAGUUAGCGUGAUCCCCUCUUCACUAUCCAGGCGAUCUACACGGACAUCAGGAAAACUGUCCCUCGGGUCAGCCAACCACAAAAGCAUACAGACGUAUGGGGAACAAUCUCUUAUGGUGGAACUAGGUUUACAUCGACGUUUUACAUGGAAUUUCAUAGUAGCCGACAUCGGUCAUGCCAUACUCGGGGCUGAUUUCUUAAGUAAUUUCAAUCUGUCAGUUGAUGUCAACAAUAAAAAACUGAUUGAUAACAACACCCAACUAAAGAUCCAUGGAAUUAUCUCCGAUUAUUCUGUCUAUAAUAUCAACAUCGAAAGACCAGCGGAUUACAUUUUUUCCGCCCUACUCCAUCGUUUCCCUAAAAUACUUAAACCGUCGUGUAACAUCGAGGACGUCCCUCAUACAGUCACUCACAAGGUUGUUACCACGGGUCAACCGGUUCUUGCUCGUCCUCGUAGAUUACCCCCGGACAAAAUAGCAGCCGCUAAGGCAGAAUUCAAGCACAUGAUGCAGCUCGGCAUCAUUAGACCCUCCAAUAGUCCUUGGUCUUCACCCUUACACAUGGUGCCCAAAGCUGAUCAUGAUUGGAUGCCAUGUGGGGAUUAUCGACAUUUAAACAAUGUCACAGUUCCGGACCGUUACCCGAUUCCCCACCUUCAUGAUUUCUCCCUGACAUUACACGGAAAAACCAUUUUUUCUAAAGUAGACUUGAUCAGCGCCUAUCACCAAAUACCAGUUGCCACAGAAGAUAUCGAAAAAACGGCCAUCAUCACACCUUUCGGUUUGUUCGAAUCUCUGCGCGUGCCAUUUGGUCUAAAGAACGCCUCACAAUCCUUCCAACGCUUCAUGGAUCAGGUCACACAAGGUUUGGACUUUGUAUUUGUAUACAUUGGUGACGUUUUAAUUGCUAGCUCAUCGCCUGAAGAACAAAGUGAUCAGCUCACCAUCUAAUUUCAGCGAUUUGACCAAUAUGGAUUUGUCAUUAACCCCAAAA